GUUUUGUAACGGGCGUGGGCUGUGAUUUGAUUCAUCGUCGACAUUCAGAAUAGAGUCGCUGAGGAGAAACGAAACCGAUCUGACGGCAGCAUGAGAGAAACUGAACGCGAGAAAUCAGCUGGGAAUCACCUGAAUCGCUCCCUGAUCGAGCUGAUCAUGUGUUUGAUGAGGCCGAUCGCGCGAGUGUUCCCGUGGCUCUUCCGGUGGAUCUCGAGCGGUAACGUUACCGGUGACGUUAACGUCAUGAUACGCGACGAUGACGAAGAGACGCCCGUGUUCUUUGAUCUGGAGACCACCGGACUCGACACGUCUGCGUGUGAUAUCGUGCAGCUGUCGGCCGUCAGCGGGCACCGGGUGUUUAACGUGUAUCUGCGGCCGCGCUGCUCCAUCACAGACGGGGCGUCCCGAGUCACAGGGCUGACUGUAGAUGGCCCCCGUCUGCUCCUCAGACGCCGUCCCGUGCCCACCGUCCCUCACAGACGGGCUCUGAGCGACUUCAUCUGCUUCCUCAAAACCUUCCCCAAGCCCUUUCUGGUGGGACACAACAGCAGACGCUUCGACUGGCCCAUCAUGACCCGCGUCCUGGCCCAGUUUGACCUGCUGGGGGACUUCCAGAGCGUGGUGUCCGGAUGCGUGGACACACUGACGCUCAGCAGGGAGAUGUUCCAGCUGCCCAGAUACACGCAGCAGUUCCUGGUCCAGCACUUUUUGCAGGAGUCUUACGGGGCUCACGACGCCGCUGAAGAUGUGCGGACGCUGCAGGAGCUCUACAGAGUCUGGAGACCCAGCCCGGAGCUCGUGAGGAAGCACAAGACCAGCCUGUGAUGUGUGUGUGUGUGUGUGUGUGUGUGUUUACAACGGUUAUCAAGCUGCACUCAAAUCAAGCUCUCGGAAAUAGUUUACAUGUACAGUCAGACCAAAAACAAUUCACACACCAGAUAUAAGUUUGGAUAUUAUUACAUUUUUAGUAAUAGUGGGUGCAGGACACCAUUUUGCUAUAAUUGCAUACAUUAACUAUAAAUUCUAUAAAUAUUUAAUUCUAUAAACUCAGACACUUUGACCUGAGUGUGUUUUUCUUUAAGAUUUUUACAUCACAGACUGAAGAAAAUGAAGCAUUACUUUCAGUUCUCAUAUUUUAUUAGCAUUUUCUAAACUGUACCAAAUAAUCUGUGAUAAAUGUUGAAGUGUCUGAAUCGUUUUUGGUUUGACUG